GUACAUUCUGCUUUGUGGUAAAUCGAUACGUGGCCGUGUUGCAGAGACUGGACUACUAUGGAAGUUUUACAAUUUUUCGCUUUUGUUCUGUUGGCUCUUCUUCCUUGUGUACAGGGAGGUGACCUAGUUGUGACAAAGAGAGUUUUCUUUGACAUAACAAUUGGCGGAAAACCAGUAGGAAAGGUAGUGAUUGGUUUAUUUGGAGACGUCGUUCCCAAGACAACAGAAAACUUCGCUCAGCUUGCCUCUGGUUCCAAUGGUUAUGGUUUGAAAGGAAGCAAAUUCCAUCGAGUCAUCAAAAACUUCAUGAUUCAAGGUGGAGACUUCACCAACAAUGAUGGAACAGGAGGCAAGAGUAUCUAUGGGGAGAGAUUUGGGGAUGAGAACUUUGAUAUAAAUCACUAUGGGCCAGGAUGGGUCAGCAUGGCUAACGCUGGUAAAAAUACAAAUGGUUCUCAAUUUUUCAUCACCCUCGUUCAGACAGACUGGCUUGAUGGUAAACAUGUUGUUUUUGGUAAAGUAUUAGAGGGGAUGGACAUUGUCCGGGCAAUCGAAGCUCAGGACACAGACUCCAUGGAUCGUCCAUUACAGGAAGCACUCAUCGUCGACAGUGGAAUUGUGGAAGGAAACGCUAACAUUGUAGUGGACCCAAGUAAUACGGAGGAGUGACUUAGUCUUUACAGGAGUGACUUAGUCCUUACAGGAGUGACCUGAUCGUCGGGGUCUUAUGUGGUUCUCUUAAGUGUGCACAGACUUUUUAAGUGUUAUUGAAUGUGUUUGUGGCGACAAAAAUUAAAAAAUGGAAGUAUUAAAAUCAACUAUAAACAAGCUUGCAUUGAUGAUAUCAGAAAUUAACAGUUUAUUCACUCACUAACUUGAUCCUCUUUGUGCCAUUGAGCACAUUAGGUAUUUAGUCUUCUGCUCGACCACAUCCUUCGUUUUCACCUUGACAGUUUUCCAGGAGGACCUAAUCUGUUCAAGUUCUUUCUCAGCUGUUCUACGCCAAGUUGAUUUUGGCCUCCUUUGUUUCCUCUUUCCAUCAGCUGUCUAGUAGAUUACCUGUCUUAGAAUGUCCUGUUGGCCUUUCCUCAGUAUGUACCCUAACCAUCUUCAUUGUCUACUUGAAGUUACCUUUGUGAUGUACUCCUGUCCAGAUAGUGUUCCCUGAUUGUUGCUAGAUAUUACAAUUAGCCAUCUGAUUUUAUAAAUUGGUCUCAAACACCUGUUCACACAAACACUCUAAUUUUCUGCUCUAGGUCGUUCUGCCGUUUCCAGCAUUCUGAUCCAUAUUUUACUUCUAUUUAAUAUCACUGCCACAUUUAAGUAUUGCUUGUCAAAAAAGGUUUUGAAUCUUUUUAUUGCUCAAAAUUUAUAAUAUACAUGGUUGAGCGUUAUUAUUGUAUAUCAUGUAUACAAGAUGAUGAUUAUAUACAGUGAUAAAUCUACAAUUAGUUUGUAUGGGUCGUUCCACUGUAUGGUUACAAGAUAUGGGUCCAACUAUGUUAAAUUUCAGUAUUUUCAGAAAUUGUAGGACCCAGACUCUCAUGUAGAUUUUUCACUGUACAUACAAGGUAGUGCUAUGUCAAUCUGAGGUAACACAGAAGCUUGCUUUAUUAUAGGAUGUACAUGGUUUUGUUGGUCCUGAAAUCAGAUGUGUAUGUUUGUUGUGUUAGAUAGAUUGAGAUAUAAAACUCCAGAGUUUCAUAUGAAUUAUUUCUACGAAUUGUUUUUAAAGAACAGUCAUGCCAUUGAUUUCUUUUGAAAGAAAAUGUGAAAAAUUAUAACGAAGAAAUAUAGGAUAUUGAUAUUGCUAAUUUAGUUUUAUCCUGUUAAUUCUGCAUCCCCAAAAUAUUAUCAUUUAUAAUAAAUUAUUUUGUGAAAACUUGUUAUAAGAGUUACUGCCCUUUGUAUGCAAAAAAAGAAAUUACCAAAAAGCUGGUAAUUGUGUCCGUCCAUAACAAGUAGGCACUUUUUAAAUGUCUUAAUUUUGAUUACUUAGAUUUUUAAUUUAUUUCUAUCCUGAUAAACAUUACAAGUAAUCUCCUACCAGACUAUACAUGACGAUAUUGUUUGUUUUUCAUGUCUCGAACCACUGAUAUUGUAUACAGCUCUGCUUUAACAUUUUGUGCUAAUAUUUUACCACCGACCUGUAUUGUAAUUGUAGUGUUAUCAAUUCUCAAAAACUAAACAUGUUACAAUAUAAAUAUUCCUGCCAAAUAUUUUAGAGAAAUGUUUGUAUUCUGUUUGAAAAAUAAAAUAUUUUUUUGAUAUUUGA